AUGAAUUCUUCAUUAAUGUUUCGCCGUUUCUUCUGUUUCAACUCAGCAGCAGCAGCAGCAGCUUCUACUUCUUCUAAGAAGAAACCCCUUGUUUUCUUGGGUUCUCCUCAGGUGGCUGCUACUGUUCUCGAUACUCUUUUCAAUGCAUCUAAAGCACCCAAUUCUGUCUUUGAGGUGGCAGCAAUUGUUACACAGCCACCUGCAAAAAGAGGUAGGGGUAAAAAGUUAAUGCCUUCACCAGUUGCUCAGUUUGCUCUUGAUACAGGUUUCCCUUCUGAUCUUAUUUUCACACCUGAAAGGGCUGGAGAGGAUUCAUUUUUGUCCAAUCUAAGGGCAUUGCAGCCCGAACUUUGCAUUACAGCUGCAUAUGGGAAUAUUUUGCCCAGCAAGUUUCUCAAUAUUCCACCAUUGGGGACAGUCAAUGUACACCCAAGUCUUCUGCCGCUUUACCGUGGUGCUGCUCCUGUUCAAAGAGCAUUGCAGGAUGGUGCUAAAGAAACUGGAGUAUCAUUAGUGUUCACUGUUCGUGCUCUGGAUGCUGGACCUGUCAUUGCCUAUGAAACUCUGGAAGUUGAUGAUCAAAUUAAGGCUCCAGAUUUACUUGCAUUGCUAUUUUCAAAAGGAUCUAAACUUUUGGUUCAUGAGCUCCCCUCUAUAUUUGAUGGAUCAGCCAGGUUAAAAGCUCAACCCCAAGAUGAUUCUAAAGCUACCUUGGCUCCAAAGAUAACUGUUGAGGAGUCAUGGUUAUCCUUUGAUCAAGAAGCUUUAGUCCUCCAUAAUAAGGUUCGUGCAUUUGCAGGGUGGCCAGGUACACGGGCUAAAGUAGCAAUUGUUGAUGAUAAAGAUGGUCACCACAAUAUUGUAGAAUUUAAGGUUAUCACUACAAGAGUUUCCCACCAUAACAUCAUUCCGGGUGAUGAAGAAGAUGACAUCACUUACAUGAAGGAUGCAUUGGUGUUUCCAUGUGCAAGGUUUACAGCACUUGAGGUAUUGGAACUCCAGCUUCCAGGGAAAAAGGUUUUUAAUGCAGCUGCCUUUUGGAAUGGUUUGCGUGGUCAAAAGUUGAAGAAAAUUUAA